AUGUGGCGCCAGAAGCUCAAUUUCGUGAGCUUACACUACGUCUACAUCACGUUCAUGGGUCUGCUGAGCUUUGCCAUUCUGUACCCGUAUGGAAACAUCAGCGCAAUCGACGCCUACUUCUUCGGGGCCAGCUCCUCCACGGGGUCUGGCCUCAACACAGUCGAUCUCAAGGAACUCAAGACCUACCAGCAGUUGUACUUGUACUUUGUGCCCAUGUUCACGAACCUCGGCUUCGUUACCAUCAUCGUUGUCGUCGUACGUCUAUUCUGGUUUCGGAGAAAACUGAAGAACGCUGCGCCCAUUCUCCUCCAGCGAAACCGACGCCUCAACCAUGAAUCAAAAGACGAUCUUGAGCUUGGCUCCAAGAUCCUGCCAACCGAGACGCCAGAACAGCGGCCGGUCCCUACACGGACGGUGACAGAUAACGCUGCCGUCGCCGUGGAGCAACUACCACGGAUCGAGGCUAGAAGCCACACAGAGCCGGCUCCAGAUCAUGGUCAUCUCUCCCAGAGUGAGAUGAGUGAAACUGAGCCAGCGAUCGAGGAAGAAAAGGUGUUGGAGAAGGUUGGCUCGGGCGCGAGGAUCACAUUCGACCCUUCAACUAACCUUCACCCUAAACGUGACACGGCACUUUACAUCCCUGGACCGCGAGAUCGGGAGGAGGGCAAGGAAACCAUCGAGCAGGUUGCCCGCGUCAACUCGACGCCUGUGCCUGGUCUCCGUCGUCGCUUGACAUCUGGAUCCCGACUUGCCGAAACCCGCUCGAUGGAGCGCGUCGUCACUGUCGCCUCGUCCAUGUUCGUUAUCGGCAGUACCAGAGAGCCUCAGAAAGAGCGCUCUCUUACAAGGACGUCGACCAUUGCCGCCGGCGACUUUCCACAGUUGUCCCGAGAGGUUACUAUUGGGCGGAAUUCGCUUUUCCACAACUUGUCGUCCAAAGAUCGCGAGGAGCUGGGCGGUAUCGAGUAUCAGAGCUUGAAGCUGCUGCUCAAGAUCGUUCUUAUAUACUUCUUCGGCCUUCACUUGAUUGGCGUAAUCUGCCUCAUUACCUGGAUUCAAUACGCCAAUCCCAAGUACACCAAUUACAUUGCAGAAUGCGGGCAGGACAAAAUCUGGUGGGCCAUCUACUCAGCUCAAACCAUGACAGACAACCUUGGCUUCACUCUCACCCCUGACUCGAUGAUCUCGUUCAACGAUGUUCCAGCCCCCAUGCUGAUCAUGAGCUUCCUUACCCUCGCCGGGCACACCUGUUACCCAAUCGUCCUCCGCCUGGUCCUCUGGACCAUUUCAAAGCUCGCACCUCGCCAGCCAUCGAUCCGAGAACCGCUUUCUUUCCUCCUCAACCACCCUCGACGCUGUUACACGCUGCUAUUCCCUAGCGGACCGACAUGGGCGCUAUUCGGGAUCCUGCUCACCCUCAACAUCAUCGACAUUCUUCUCAUCAUCUUACUCGAUCUCGACAACGACGCCGUCGCAAGUCUCCCCGUCGGAAAGCGUGUUGCUGCCGCCAUCUUCCAGUCCGCCAGCUCUCGACACACUGGUACUACGAGUUUCAACCUGGCGGAUGUUAACCCCGCCGUGCAGAUGAGCUUGCUGGUCAUGAUGUAUAUCUCUGUCUACCCCAUCGCCAUCGCCAUUCGAUCCUCAAAUACAUACGAGGAACGUUCCCUGGGGCUUUACGAGGCGGAUCGGCAGCCUACCGAAGAGAAGGGCGGUUCGUACUUUGUGACACAUCUGCGGAACCAGCUUAGUUUCGAUCUAUGGUACAUUUGUCUUGGAAUCUUUUGCAUUUGCAUAGCGGAGUCGAACCGCAUUAUGGAUGCGAAUGAUCCGGCAUUCAAUGUUUGGCCUGUUUUGUUCGAGGUUGUUUCGGCAUAUGGCAACGUCGGCCUGAGUCUGGGUUAUCCAACGGUCUCAACAUCUUUCAGUAGCCAAUUCUCCACCUUCAGCAAGCUCGUCGUCUGUGCGAUGAUGCUCCGUGGACGUCAUCGCGGGCUACCCUACGCAUUAGAUCGCGCCAUUGUACUACCUAACGAGCGGUCGCUGGGUAUCGAUGCUACCGCUGCUGGGGGGGAUCACGAGCACCGCGAGUGAUAUACUUUGGAAGGUCGCCCUUGGAUGAUUGGCAUGAACAACUCGUUUUGUACAGCGCGUCUGGAACUGGAAAGCUCACGCUCGUUGGCUUGUUUACAUGGCUCUGAAAAGAGUCAGGGAGUAGCAGAGGAGCCGAUCCUCCGAAGUGGACUCUUAACAAUAAGCCAUAGGCAUGUGUUGAUGCCUUAUGGCUGACGCUCUAAAACACUGUCAUGGCCAACAACGACUUUGAUCCAG